AUGACGCCCCUUGGCCCAUCCCCCUCUCAACAGGACACAGAGGUUGCUGCAGAGGGCAUCGGUCUGCACCACCCAGGGGAAACCGAAGGCUUUAUCAAACCCACACAGUCCAGAAAGCUAAUGACGACACUGCGCCAGGGGAACCAGGCGGCCAAACUGAAGUUAACCCUGAUCGUUGUGCUGGUUGUUACGGUGAUAUUGGGUGUCCUCGGUCUGGCUGGAUACAUAAUUAAGAUAUUCCUCGACAGCAAGUAUUUCUUCUGCUCGCAGUCGGUGGGUUUCGUCCCCUGGGCAGCUGUGUGUGACGGGUCGCCGGACUGUGCCGGACGGGAAGACGAGCUGACCUGCGUGUCCAACGUGACCGCCAGAGCCACCUUCCCAGUGAGGCUGGUGUCUAACAACAGUGUGCUGCAGGUAUACAGCACUGCGUUUGGGUGGAGCACAGUGUGCGUGGAGGGGUGGAGUCCACAGCACACUGUGGCCGCCUGCCGGCAGCUGGGCUACACACUGAAUGAGUGCUCCUCUGGUUCAGUGGUUUCACUGUCCUGCUCAGACUGCGGGAAUCCGGUGGGUCGUGGCCGCAUUGUGGGGGGAACGGAAGCCGCCAUUGAGCAGUGGCCCUGGCAGCUCAGCCUGCAGUAUGCGGGAGAGCACUCCUGCGGGGGGACUCUGGUGUCACCGCACUGGGUCAUCACAGCUGCACACUGCUUCUCUGGGUCAAUGGAGCUGAGUCAAUGGCGUGUGGUGGGGGGCCAUACCUACAUGGGGUCCUCAGGGGGCGUGUCAGUGGACAGCAUCAUCCUCAAUGGAGACUAUAACCCCGCCAACAACGAUUAUGAUAUCGCCAUGAUACGGCUUGCCGCACCUCUCACCAUCGGAGCCACCCAGCACCCUGUGUGUCUGCCCCCCCAUGAGUCUCACCUAAGAGAUGGGGACCCCCUGGUGGUGACAGGCUGGGGCUACCUGGAGGAGAAAGGUAAAGUGUCAUCUGUGCUACAGAAAGCCACCGUACCCCUGAUUGGCCGGGAGGUGUGUACCAGGCCCGCUGUUUACGGCCCUGCCAUCACUCCCAGAAUGCUUUGUGCUGGCUACCUUGAAGGCCAGGUGGACGCGUGCAAGGGGGACAGCGGGGGUCCCCUGGUGCGCCUCUCUGACCGGUGGCAGCUGGUGGGGAUUGUCAGUUGGGGUAUUGGCUGCGGCCGCAAGGGGAAGCCCGGAAUCUACUCCAAAGUCGACGAGACUCUCAACUGGAUCUACACAGUCAUGGAGUAUAACCUGCAGUGA